GAAGAGGACAUCAUCCUCACCUCGUCUCCGUGUUUCUUUUAGGAACACCAUCUCCAGCGGGCCAUCUCGGCACAGCAGGUCUACGGCGAGAAGCGGGACAACAUGGUCAUCCCAGUACCGGAGGCGGAGAGCAACAUCACCUAUUACGACUCCCUCUACCCUGGAGACUUCAAGAUGCCAAAGCAGCUAAUUCACAUACAGCCUUUCAGCUUGGACACAGAGCAGCCAGAUUACGACCUGGACUCAGAUGAUGAGGCCUUUGUCAACAAGCUGAAAAAGAAGAUGGAGAUCAGCUACCUGCAGUUUGAGGAAAUGAUUGACCGGCUGGAGAAAGGCAGUGGACAGCAGGCUGUGAGUCUUCCUGAGGCCAAACUGCUGCUGAAAGAGGAUGAUGAGCUCAUCAAAGAGGUCUUUGACUACUGGAGCCGCAAGAGGAAAAACAGCAAAGCCAACUCCCUCAUCCCCACCGUCAAGCAGGAGAAACGGGACGGCUCAAGCACCAGUGACCCUUACGUGGCCUUCCGACGACGCACUGAGAAGAUGCAAACUAGGAAGAACCGUAAAAACGACGAGGCCUCGUACGAGAAGAUGUUGAAGCUCCGCAGAGAUCUCAGCCGAGCCGUCACAAUCCUGGAAAUGAUCAAGAGGAGGGAGAAGAGCAAGCGAGAGCUGCUGCACCUCACACUGGAGAUUUUUGAGAAGAGAAAUGUCAUGUCAGACUUUGGUGGUGAGGUUAUGGCAGAAGUUCUGGCUGAAAGGGCACUGGUGAGGCCACAAAUCAUCCCCCUGGUCCCACUUACCAACCAGUACCGACACCAGGACCAUAUGGACCUCAAGGACUACAAGUCCAAGCCUGAGAAGACAGAAGUUCCCCGGCAGAAAAGGAAGUAUGAGAAGAAGCCGAAGGUGCUGCCACCAUCAUCAGGCACACCCCACCAUACAGGUCCGGUUGUCUUCAACGCCAAGGACCUAAACCAGUACGACUUCCCCAGCUCGGAUGAUGAGCCCUUUUCCCAGGUACCUGCACGCUUAAGCAAAUGCGCUCAUUCAUGUAAAGCCAAGCAUGUUACGCAGGUCAAGCUUGGGACUUUUUCCUCAGAGGAAUUCUUUGCACAGCAUUUUUUUUCCUGUAGUUUGACUUUUUGCAUGGUGCCACUGGGUUAUUUCCAGUUUGCAUGGUUUUGUAAUGGUAUUUUUAUUUUUUUUUAACAAAGUGGCAGCAGCUGUUAUGCUGCGAUAAGGUUCAUUAGCUACAAAGCCAAAAGAACAGGUAAGAUUUUUACACAACAGGAAGAAUUGGGGGGAGGCCACCUGUCUGUAUUAGGCGUUUUCUUUUCUUUUUUUCUUUUUCUUCCUCUACCUGAAAACUGAUCAGAUACCAGAAAAUAUGUUUUUCUGGCUGCAUAUUGUUUGGUGCUUAAUAG